AUGGCGAAAAUCCGGAAUCUUCUUAACAUAUCGUAUUGCCGAUAUUACUGUGUCCAACGAGCUAAGAAAAAAGUUCCAAUUAUUUCAUGCAAACGGCCAGAAUACAAUCAUUUUGAUGGACAAACGUACGGAAAGUUUGAGGUUAUAAAGCUUGCAUCUCAAGGUUGGUUACAUCCCAAAUCCAAGAAUGACUACUUCACAAUAUACGGAGAGACUAAAAAAACGGAGACAUCUGUUUAUAGAAAGAGCUUUGAGGAAAUUGGAUUAUCCGAGGAGUUGAUCGAUGUCGUAUCGCAGCAAGGAUAUACUUUGCCGACUGCAAUUCAAGCGAGAUCUUUUUCGCCUAUCAUGCAAGGUUUUAAUACUGCGAUUACAGCUGAAACAGGAUGUGGAAAAACAUUGGCAUAUUUAUUACCGAUAUUACAACAAAUAGCAUCUUGGAAACCACAUAUUGCAGAGGAAUUUAACAGUCCUUUAGCUGUUGUUAUUACGCCCAGUAGAGAAUUAGCUUCUCAACUAGGUGAAAUAGCUCAAAAUAUCUCAGAGCAUUUAAACAUUAAUGUCUCCACACUAGUAGGUGGUAAGACAAAGAAGAAAAUAAUAGACCCACCUAUUGAAUAUACUGAUCUUAUGAUUGCAUCAUUGGGAGCAUUUAGCAAACUAGUUACAACUGGAAUUAUCAAAAUACAUAAUGUACACCAUGUUGUAUUAGAUGAAGCAGACACAUUGCUUGAUGACUCUUUUAUAGAAAAAUUGGUUGCUUUAAUGAAGAAGUUUAGAAUUCAUUACAAAUGUGAAAUGAAAGCUCCACCAGAAGGAUGUCAGAUUACCCUAGUGAGUGCAACACUACCCCAUGAGUUACCUGAAUCAGUUAGUGCCUUCAUGGAUCCUCAAUCGUUACGAACAGUUGCCACAGACAAAAUUCACAGGAUAUUACCCCACAUCCCUCAUAAAUUUAUUCGCCUUGGCAAAGCCCAAAAGCCAGGAGAGUUGUUGAAGCUUGUUCAAGCAGACUUAAAUUUAAAACGUCAAGUAAUGGUAUUCUCAAAUAAGACGUCUACUUGCGAUUUUGUCUCAAUGUUUCUUAAUGAGAAUGGCAUAAAAUGCUUAAAUAUUAAUGGAAAGAUGGCUGUCCCACUCAAAGCUGGAAAUAUGGAUUUGUUCAAAAGUGGAAAAGUUCAGGUCAUAUCAAGUACCGACGUAGCUUCACGUGGGUUAGAUACUACAGGGGUUAGUCAUAUAAUAAAUUACGACUUCCCUCUCUACACAUCUGAUUACAUCCAUCGCUGUGGCCGGACUGGACGACUCGGGUCACCCCAAGAUUCUUCUGUGACUAACUUUGUAGCGUGGCCAAGGGAAGUACAACUAGUUCAAAAGAUUGAAGAAGCAGUUAGAAGAAACAAUGAAUUGCCAAAUGUAAAUGCGAAUAUUAAAAGGCAAAUUACUAAUAGAAUAAUGAAAAUGAGCGGAGUUGCAUAG